CUGUGCUUGAGGCAGGUGCAGGGCUGCAAGAUCUGCUCUGAGCCUUGUGUCAUGCUCUUGUCUUUCAGACAUGCUAAGGAGCGUCCUUCUGUCCGCGGUGCUCUCAUUCGUGGGCGCCCAAACCUUCCCCUGCCCCAAAACCUGCAAGUGUGUGGUCCGCGAUGCCGUGCAAUGCUCCGGGGGCAGCGUGGCUCACAUCGCCGAGCUAGGUCUGCCCACGAACCUCACACACAUCCUGCUCUUCAGAAUGGACCGGGGAGUAUUGCAGAGCCACAGCUUCAGCGGCAUGACGGUCCUUCAGCGCCUGAUGCUCUCAGAUAGCCACAUUUCUGCCAUAGACCCCGGCACCUUCAAUGACCUGGUAAAACUAAAAACCCUCAGGUUGACGCGCAACAAAAUCUCUCAUUUUCCACGUGGGAUCCUGGAUAAGAUGGUGCUUUUGGAACAGCUGUUCUUGGACCACAAUGCACUAAGGGACCUUGACCAAAACCUGUUUCAGAAACUGCUUAACCUGCGGGAUCUCUGUUUGAACCAGAAUCAGCUCUCCUUUCUUCCUGCUAACCUUUUCUCGAGCCUGGGAAAGCUGAAGGUGUUGGAUUUAUCGCGAAACAACCUGACCCACCUGCCCCAGGGAUUACUUGGGGCGCAAAUUAAGCUUGAGAAACUGCUGCUCUAUUCAAACCGGCUCAUGUCUCUGGAUUCGGGGCUGCUGGCCAACCUGGACGCCCUGACUGAGCUGCGGCUGGAGCGGAAUCACCUUCGCUCCAUCGCACCGGGGGCCUUCGACAGCCUCGGAAACCUGAGCACCUUGACUCUGUCCGGAAACCUCCUGGAGUCUCUGCCGCCCGCGCUCUUCCUUCAUGUAAGCUGCGUGACUCGGCUGACCCUGUUCGAGAACCCUCUGGAGGAGCUCCCGGAGGUGCUGUUCGGGGAGAUGGCCGGCCUGCGGGAGCUGUGGCUGAACGGCACCCACCUGCGCACGCUGCCCGCCGCCGCCUUCCGCAACCUGAGCGGCCUGCAGACGCUGGGGCUGAUACGGAACCCGCUCCUGAGCGCGCUCCCGCGCGGCUUGUUCCACGGCCUGACGGAGCUGCGCGUGCUCGCGCUGCACACCAAUGCCCUGGAGGCGCUGCCGGAGGACGCGCUGCGCGGCCUCGGGCGCCUGCGCCAGGUGUCGCUGCGCCACAACCGGCUGCGGGCCCUGCCCCGCACGCUCUUCCGUAACCUCAGCAGCCUCGUGACCGUGCAGCUUGAGCAUAACCAGCUGAAGACGCUGCCAGGAGACGUGUUCGCGGCUCUGCCCCAACUGACCCGUGUCCUGCUCGGUCACAACCCCUGGCUCUGCGACUGUGGCCUGUGGCCCUUCCUGCAGUGGCUGCGGCAUCACCUGGAGCUCCUGGGCCGAGAUGAGCCUCCGCAGUGCAAGGGCCCGGAGUCACGCGCCAGCCUGACGUUCUGGGAGCUGCUGCAGGGUGACCAGUGGUGCCCAGAUCCUCGCGGUCUGCCUCCCGACCCUCCAACCGAAAAUGCUCUGACAGCCCCGGAUCCGACCCAGCGGCCUAACAACUCACAGUCCUGGGCGUGGGUCCAGCUGGUGGCCAGGGGUGAAAGUCCCGAUAACCGCUUCUACUGGAAUCUUUAUAUUCUACUUCUAAUAGCCCAGGCCACCAUAGCCGGUUCAUCGUGUUUGCCAUGAUUAAAAUCGGCCGGCUGUUUCGAACAUUGAUCAGAGAGGAGCUCUUGUUUGAGGCAAUGGGAAAAUCGUCUAACUAAUCAAACUGUGACCAGAGCAUUGUGGACGGGGCCCCAAGAAGAAUCCAGUCAGGAUGCUGUGUGCCACUCCUCCAUUUCCCCUCUCCCAGUUCUUCCUCUCAGUGUCCCUUCUCCCCUCUCCCCAGAAGGACCUUUUGUAAAAUCGCUACUGCUUUCUA